AUGGCUUCUUCCACAAAAUUACACCCGACUACAUUGGUUACUAACAUUAAAACUUGUGUUCCUAUUCAACUUGAUGAUGAAGGCAUGAAUUUCAAUACUUGGGUGACUCUCUUUAAGCUUUAUUGUCAGGCUCAUCUUGUGGAUACUCAUAUUCUUCCCGAUGACUCUACUAAAGCAUCGAUUUCUAAGGACUCCGAAUGGCAACGUCUUGAUGAUAUUGUCCGCAUGUGGAUUUAUGGUACUAUUAGUCCUUCUCUUCUUAAAUCGAUUGUCUGUCUCGAUGAUAGUGCUUUUAAUGCUUGUACUCACAUUGAAAAUAAUUUUCACAACAACAAAACUUCCCGUAUUCUUCAUAUUGAGUCCAAAUUCAAUGAUAUUUCCCUUGCUGAUUUCCCGAAUGUGAAGGCUUAUUGUAAUGAACUUGAGAAUCUUGCUACUUCUCUUAACAAUCUUGGCACUUCUAUUUCCGACAAUCGGUUGGCUCUUCAAGUUCUUCAUGGUUUGACUACCGACUACUGUACCUUUCAAUCCUUAGUUCAACACAUGUCUCCCGUUUCUUCCUUUGAUACUCUUCGAUCCAUGUUAGAAUUGGAAGAACAUUCUCACAACAAAGAUAAUUCUUCCUCCCAUGAUCCGGCAACCACCACAGCCCCAAUACACAUUCUGGACAGCAUGCAAGAAAUUCAAGAGGGCACCAAAUCAACAGGCCCACCUUCAUUUCACCCAUGGAACCACACUCUCUUCCCAUAUUGGGCUUCUCCUUUUUGGGCCCAGCCUCCAUGCCUCUUCCUUACUAACAAUUAG